GGCGUGAGGGGCGAGGUGGACGGGCGUGUCCGGGCGGCCGGGCCGGCGCGGACAGCGGGGCGCGGACGCCAACCUCCCGUCGCCCGGUCGCCAGAACCUCUCUUGGCGGCUGGGCGCCCCUUAGGCUGCCUCGGCUCCAGUCGCCUGGGAUGCGAGGAGGGGAUUUAAAGGUCCCCGGAACCCCUGGGCGGCUUUCCCGGUGUUUCCCUGCCGGGGCGUGCUCCCUUCUUCUUCCUGGAUGGAGAGGUGGUGCCAGAUUUAUCUAAUUGCCCAGCUACCGCUGAUGAAGAUAAGUUGGAGAAACUGCUGAAACCGAAUUUUAUUGACCAGAAGACAAGUCCGUUUGUUUCACUUCUUUUUGUUUUCCCUGCUGCUUUGAGCUUUACUGUAACGGCUGAAAAACUUGGAAAAUAAAAUGAACAUGCUGUGGUCUUGAACAUAACUUUUUUUUUUUGAGGAAAAAUUAAAGUGCCUGACUGAAAGCCAGAAUGGCAUCCAGAGAGAGGCUCUUUGAACUUUGGAUGCUUUAUUGUACGAAGAAAGAUCCAGAUUACCUGAAGCUGUGGUUGGACAAUUUUGUUUCUAGCUAUGAACAGUUCUUAGAUGUUGACUUUGAAAAGCUGCCUACCAGGGUAGAUGAUGUGCCUCCAGGAAUAUCGCUGCUUCCUGAUAAUAUUCUGCAGGUUCUGAGGAUCCAGCUUCUGCAGUGUGUUCAGAAAAUGGCAGAUGGGUUAGAAGAACAACAACAAGCCUUGUCAAUUUUGCUUGUCAAGUUCUUCAUUAUUCUUUGCAGAAAUCUGUCUAAUGUGGAAGAAAUUGGAACGUGUUCAUACAUUAAUUAUGUCAUCACUAUGACAACACUCUAUAUUCAGCAAUUAAAAAGCAAAAAAAAAGAGAAAGAAUUGGCAGAUCAGACAUCUAUUGAAGAAUUUGUGAUCCAUGCGUUGGCAUUUUGUGAAAGUUUAUAUGAUCCGUAUCGAAAUUGGAGGCAUAGAAUUUCAGGACGAAUCCUUAGUACUGUGGAAAAGAGCAGACAGAAAUAUAAACCAGCUUCUCUCACAGUGGAGUUCGUCCCUUUCUUUUAUCAGUGUUUUCAAGAGAGUGAACAUCUCAAAGAAAGUCUUAAGUGUUGCUUACUGCAUCUCUUUGGAGCCAUCAUAGCUGGUGGGCAGAGGAAUGCUUUGCAAGCAAUUUCUCCAGCCACCAUGGAAGUUCUUAUGAGAGUUUUGGCAGAUUGUGAUUCCUGGGAGGACGGAAAUCCUGAAGAAGUGGGUAGGAAGGUAGAGCUUACUCUGAAGUGCCUUACAGAAGUGGUGCAUAUCCUUCUCGCUAGCAGCUCUGACCAGCGGCAAGUGGAAACCAGCACUCUUCUGGAGAACUAUUUUAAGUUGCUGAAUUCUGAUCAUUCAGCUUUACCUAAUCAAAGGAGGUCCAGACAGUGGGAGAGCCGAUUCAUAGCUCUGCAGAUCAAAAUGCUGAAUACUAUCACAGCCAUGUUAGACUGCACAGAUAGGCCUGUUCUUCAGGCCAUUUUCCUUAACAGCAAUUGCUUUGAGCAUCUCAUACGGCUGCUACAGAACUGCAAGCUGUUUUUAAAUGCUAACAAUAAGGUGGCAGACAAGAACGAGAAAGACCUUGCCAACAAAUUACUGACAGAAAUGAAUGAGGACCAGGUGUUUCAGGGACAGUUGGACUGUUUGGCUGUAUCGACCAUUCAGGCUUUGACGGCAGUCAUGAACAAAUCUCCAGCUGCUAAGGAAGUCUUUAAAGAAAGAAUUGGUUAUACACAUAUGUUUGAAGUAUUAAAAUCCUUGGGUCAGCCAGCAGUGGAACUACUUAAAGAACUUAUGAAUAUGGCUGUAGAGGGUGACCACACUUCAGUUGGGAUUUUGGGCAUUAGUAAUGUCCAGCCUCUCUUGCUUCUUAUCCAGUGGCUUCCAGAGCUAGAAUCCCAUGACCUGCAAAUCUUCAUCUCUGAUUGGUUGAAAAGAAUUUGUUGCAUUAAUAGGCAGAGUCGAACUACUUGUGUCAAUGCAAACAUGGGAAUUCGAAUCAUUGAAACCCUUGAUUCCCAUUCUUCCCUCCACCGAACUUGUGCUGAGAACUUGAUUGCACUCCAUGGUUCCUUGGGGAGUCAGUCAGUGAGCUCAGAAGAAAUCCGUCGACUGCUCAGACUGCUGAGAGUGGAUGAGUCUGAGUGUGUUCACCCUUAUGCCACUCCUGUAACUCGAGCAAUCCUGACAAUGGCCCGGAAACAAAGUCUAGAGAGUGCCCUCCAGUAUUUCAACUUGUCACAUAGUAUGGCAGGAAUUACUGUGCCUUCAAUACAGAAAUGGCCAGGGUCUGCCUUUUCUUUCAAUGCUUGGUUUUGCUUAGAUCAGGAUCAGUUGACUCCUGGCAGUGCUAACAAAGGAGGAAAAAGAAAACAAUUGUACAGCUUUUUUACAGGAAGUGGAAUGGGUUUUGAAGCUUUCAUUACGCAUUCAGGUACGUUGGUUGUGGCAGUGUGCACAAAAAGAGAAUAUGCAACAGUUAUGCUUCCCGACCACAGUUUCUGCGAUUCCCUCUGGCACAACAUAACCAUUGUUCACAUGCCUGGGAAAAGGCCCUUCGGUCAGAGCGUUGUCUUUAUCUACGACAAUGGACAGCAGAAGGUCUCUGCGCCUCUCAGAUUUCCUGCCAUGAAUGAAGCUUUUGUUUCUUGUUGCAUCGGUUCAGCUGGGCAAAGAACCACCACUCCUCCACCAUCCCAAAUCCCAGAUCCACCUUUUUCUUCUCCCAUCACCCCUCACCGGACGUCAUUUGGUGGGAUUCUGUCAUCAGCCUCCUGGGGAGGAACAAUUGAAAAAUCAAAACUGAUUACCAAAUUGAUAUCAGCUGGCACUCAAGACAGUGAAUGGGGAUGUCCCACAUCUCUGGAGGGUCAGCUAGGGUCUGUUAUAAUUUUCUGUGAAGCACUACAACCUCCUCAGGUGAAGGCAUUAUAUUUAGCAGGUCCCAACUGUUUAAGCCCUUGGAAAUUUCAAGAGUCUGACAUGGCUGACCUGCCGGGUAACGUCCUCCUUCACUACACUGCAAAGGCCUGCAAAAAUUCAAUCUGUCUUGAUUUAUCUGCUAAUUGUUUGCAUGGGAGGUUAACAGGAAACAAAGUAGUGAACUGGGACAUUAAGGACAUCAUAAACUGCAUAGGUGGAUUAAAUGUACUCUUUCCUCUCUUGGAACAAAUCAGCCACUCCAGUGAAGGACAGAUUGCUGAAGGAAUGAAUGAAAGCACAGUGUCUGAGUUGAUAACACCUGUGGAAGGAGAUUGGGUGGUAUUGACCUCCACAAAGGCAUCAGAGUCAAGACUAGAGAGAAAUUUAAUUGCAACGUUUAUCUUGAUUGUGAAACACUUUAUUCAAAGACAUCCUAUUAACCAGGAUAAUCUUAUUCACUCCCAUGGAGUUGCCACUCUUGGUGCCUUACUUCAGAAGGUGCCAAGCACCUUGAUGGACGUUAAUGUAUUGAUGGCAAUUCAGUUGCUAAUUGAACAGGUAUCAUUAGAGAAGAAUAUGCAGCUCCUGCAACAAAUGUAUCAAUAUUUACUCUUUGACUUCCGUAUUUGGAACCGUGGAGAUUUUCCCUUUCGAAUUGGUCAUAUACAAUAUCUUUCUACCAUCAUCAAAGACAGUAGGAGAGUUUUCCGAAAGAAGUAUGGUGUGCAGUUUCUCCUGGAUACACUUAGGAUUUAUUAUGGGAGUGAUUGUAAAUAUAGUGAGCUGUCUUUAGAUGAUAUUCGAACAAUAAGGACUUCUUUGUAUGGACUGAUUAAAUAUUUUCUGUGCAAAGGUGGAACUCAUGAAGAGAUACAAAGUAUCAUGGGUUACAUAGCUGCUAUCAGUGAAGAAGAACAGCUCUUUGGAAUUUUGGAUAUACUCUUCAGUCUCCUACGUACCAGCCCAACUAGAGGUCAGCUUUUCUUACUGCUGUUUGAACCAGGAAACGCUGACAUACUUUAUGCCUUGCUCUUAAACCAAAAGUACUCUGACAGACUAAGAGAAGUCAUUUUUAAGGUUAUGGAACAAAUGCUGAAAUGCACAAAUGUUUAUGAACGAAGUAAACAACGUAUUCGACUCCGAGAAGUUGGCUACUCAGGAUUGGGACUCCUUCUUAGUGAAGCACCCGUGAAUACUUCUCUCUUGAAAAACCUCACCAAUCAAAUUGUAAACGCAGAUCCUGCUAUUAAUUUCAAAGAUCUGUUAUCUGUGGUGUAUAUGUCCCGCAGAGCGCACAUCAAUGUCAGAGUGGUCAUCUGCAGAAAGAUUUUACAGAUUUUACAAUCCCAGCCAGAUGCAGCACAUCAAAUAUCUCAACAAGUGGGUUGGCAAGACACUUUAGUUAGGCUUUUUUUAAAAGCAAAUUUUGAAAAUGGAAAUACUCUUCAUAAGCACAGUAGGGCUGUUUCAAUGAAAGACAAUGAUAAAAAUAUAUCAGCUGACGAUAAUAAGAGGAACUUCGAUGAAAAGAUGGAUGAGGAAAAAAUCAACUCUUUUGCCUCCACUAAUGUGUCUUCAGAUCAGUGGAGUCUGGAGGAUAGACGCUCUCUAGACUCAAACACACCAUUAUUUCAAGAAGAUAGCUCUGUGGGAGAGUUGUCUUUCAAAUCAGAGAACCAAGAAGAAUUCUGGCAUCAUAGUCCUUCACACUUGAGUUUAGAUCUCAGUAGAAUUGACUCCUGUGAACUGAGUGACAGUGGAGGUCAAAUGCCAGACAGCCUGCCUAGCACACCAUCCCCCAUAGAGUCUACUAAAUCAUUUUCUGUGCCGUCUGACAAAGAAAGCAGCAUCACAAGUGACACGGGCUUCAGCGAUGACUUCUCUUUACUUGAAAGCCAGGAGAGAUGUGAGGAGGAGCUUCUUCAGUUACUGACAAACAUUUUGAGUUAUGUGAUGUGUAAGGGGCUGGAGAAGUCUGAUGACGACGCUUGGAUUGAGCGGGGACAAGUGUUUGCAGCGCUAACUAAACCAGGGAUAUCCAGUGAGCUGCUUCGACCAUCAGAUGAAAUAAAACUAAUUUUGCUGCAGAAGAUGUUAGAAUGGACAGUCACAGAGAACAGAGAGGCAAAAACUAAUCCGGUAACUGCUGAGAAUGCCUUCCGGCUCAUGCUGAUCGUACAGGACUUCCUGCAGUCAGAGGGGCUGGUUAAUCCAAACGUGUGGACGGAGAAGCUUUUAGAGAAUAUGAUGCAGCUCUUCGAUGGUCUCUCAGUUUGGUAUUCGGAAAGUCCAGUAUGGGUAAAACUCUCUCAAAUUCAAAUCCAGUUGCUUCUAGGAUUCAUUGGAAGGGGUAAUUUGCAGGUUUGUGCAAUGGCAUCAGCUAAGCUAAACACACUUCUUCAGACCAAAGUGAUUGAAAAUCAGGAUGAAGCGUGUUACAUUUUGGGGAAGCUGGAACACGUUCUAAGCCAGUCAGUCAAGGAGCAGACUGAAACCUACUCGUUUCUGAUUCCCCUUGUGCGUACCCUGGUUUCCAAAAUUUAUGAGCUGCUCUUCAUGAACUUGCACCUGCCUUCUUUACCUUUUACCAAUGGUAGCUCUUCAUUUUUUGAAGAUUUUCAAGAAUAUUGCAGUUCAAAUGAAUGGCAAGUUUACAUUGAAAAAUAUAUUGUACCUUAUAUGAAGCAGUAUGAGACCCAUACGUUUUAUGAUGGUCAUGAGAACAUGGCACUUUAUUGGAAGGAUUGUUAUGAAGCCUUAAUGGUGAAUAUGCACAAACGAGACCGGGAGGGAGGAGAAAGCAAGCUCAAGUUUCAGGAGUUUUUUGUGGAACCAUUUAAUCGGAAAGCACGCCAAGAGAACUUGAGGUAUAAUAAUAUGCUUAAACAACUUAGCAGUCAACAGUUAGCCGCUCUGAGACGCUGGAAGGCAGUACAGCUCUAUCUUACAUGUGAGAGGGGACCUUGGGCUGAAAGGAAACAAAAUCCAAUUCACUGGAAACUAGCUAAUGUAGAAAAUUAUUCCCGCAUGAGACUUAAAUUGGUACCGAAUUAUAACUUCAAAACCCAUGAGGAAGCUAGUGCUUUGAGAGAUAAUCUAGGUGUCCAGCACUCACAGCCUUCCAGUGAUUCAUUGCUUUUGGAAGUGGUGAAACAAGUAAAAGUUAGUGAUAUGGAGGAGGAUAAAUUAGAUCUUCCUGAAGAGGAAAUAACAGCCAGAGUAAAUAUUGAUGAGAAAGAAGAACAGGAUCAAAAAGAAAAAUUAGUGUUGUCAGAAGACUGUGAACUCAUUACAAUGAUUGAUGUGGUUCCUGGCAGAUUAGAAAUCACUACUCAACACAUUUACUUCUAUGAUGGCAGCAUUGAGAAAGAAGAUGGAGUAGGCUUUGAUUUCAAGUGGCCUCAUUCUCAAGUUCGAGAGAUUCACCUACGGCGUUACAACUUAAGGAGGUCAGCCCUCGAGAUUUUUCAUGUUGACCAGUCCAACUACUUUCUCAAUUUUAAAAAAGAGGUUAGAAAUAAAGUGUAUAGCAGACUGUUGUCACUUCAUUCUCCAAAUAGUUAUGGCACCAGAUCACCACAGGAGUUAUUCAAAGCUUCAGGAUUGACGCAGAAAUGGGUAAACAGAGAGAUAUCAAACUUUGACUACCUCAUUCAAAUAAAUACAAUGGCAGGACGAACUUAUAAUGACCUUGCACAGUAUCCUGUGUUUCCCUGGAUUUUACAAGAUUAUACUUCAGAAGAGUUGGACCUUAAUAACCCAUCUGUAUUUCGAGAUCUUUCCAAACCAAUUGGGGUAAUUAAUGAUAAAAAUGCCAAAGCCAUGCGAGAAAAAUAUGAAAAUUUUGAGGAUCCUAUGGGAACUAUUGAUAAAUUUCAUUAUGGUACUCACUACUCAAAUUCUGCCGGGGUUAUGCACUAUCUUAUUCGUACAGAACCGUUUACCACCCUCCACAUCCAGCUUCAGAGUGGAAGGUUUGACUGUGCAGAUCGACAGUUCCAUUCCAUCCCUGCUACCUGGCAGGCUCUCAUGGACAAUCCCUAUGAUGUAAAGGAACUUAUUCCUGAAUUCUUCUACUUCCCAGAGUUUUUAGAAAAUCAAAAUGAGUUUAACUUGGGUCAUCUACAAGUUUCCAAAGAACUAGUGAAUGAUGUCAUCCUCCCCAAAUGGGCUAAGUCAGCUGAAGAUUUCAUCUAUAAACAUAGAAAAGCUCUGGAGUCUGAAUAUGUUUCUGCUCAUCUUCAUGAAUGGAUAGAUCUGAUUUUUGGCUAUAAACAGAGGGGGCCGGCUGCAGUAGAGGCACUCAAUGUUUUCUAUUACUGUAGUUAUGAAGGAGCUGUGGAUCUGGAUGCCUUAACAGAUGAGAAGGAAAGAAAAGCCUUAGAAGGGAUGAUUAAUAAUUUUGGGCAAACACCUUGUCAACUGUUAAAGGAACCACACCCUCCUAGAUUAUCAGCAGAAGAAGCCGUGCAGAAGCAGACCAAAAUGGACACUCCAAGCCUAAACCUAUUUCAACACCUUCCUGAACUCAAGUCAUUUUUCAUAGAGGGAAUUAGUGAUGGUAUUCCACUAAUAAAGGCCAUUGUCCCCAAAAAUCAAUCUCGUUCUUUUAUGUCCCAAGGCAGUCCUGAAUUACUGAUAACAGUAAGCAUGAAUUAUGUAAUCGGAACCCAUGGGUGGCUGCCUUAUGACAGAAGCAUUUCUAAUUACUUCACGUUCAUCAGGGAUCCAACUGUGACAAAUCCAAAAACUCAGCGCAGUAUGAAUGGUCCUUUUGCUCCAGGGCUGGAGAUCACUUCUAAGCUAUUUAUAGUAUCACAUGAUGCGAAGUUGCUUUUCAGUGCUGGACACUGGGAUAAUAGCAUUCAAGUGAUGUCACUUACAAAAGGCAAAGUUAUUUCACACAACAUCAGACACAUGGAUAUUGUGACUUGUUUAGCUACAGAUUACUGUGGAAUACAUUUGAUUUCUGGUUCCAGAGAUACGACGUGUAUGAUAUGGCAGAUAACACAGCAGGGUGGUGUUCCUGUGGGCUUAGCGUCUAAACCCUUUCAGAUUCUGUACGGACACACUGAUGAAGUGUUGAGUGUUGGCAUCAGCACUGAGCUAGACAUGGCAGUGUCAGGAUCAAGGGAUGGCACUGUGAUUAUACAUACCAUUCAGAAAGGUCAGUACAUGAGGACUUUACGACCCCCUUGUGAGAGUUCUCUGCUCCUGACUGUUCCCAGUUUGGCUAUAUCUUGGGAAGGACACGUUGUCAUCUACUCCAGCAUUGAAGAAAAGACCACCCUCAAGGAUAAGAAUGCACUGCAUGUGUUUUCUGUAAAUGGCAAGUACCUACGGUCUCAAGUCCUGAAGGAACAAGUAUCAGAUAUGUGUGUAAUUGGAGAGCACGUUAUCACAGGCAGUUUGCAAGGGUUCCUGUCCAUAAGAGAUCUCCACAGUUUGAAUCUCAGCAUCAACCCAUUAGCCAUGCGAUUGCCUAUCCACUGUGUUUGCGUAACCAAAGAGCACAGCCAUAUUCUUGUAGGAUUAGAAGACGGCAAGUUGAUUGUAGUGGGUGUUGGCAAGCCAGCUGAGAUGCGUUCAGGUCAGCUCACUCGAAAACUGUGGGGAUCUAGCAAGCGGCUCAGCCAGAUUUCAGCUGGAGAAACUGAAUAUAAUACUCAAGAUCCCAAGUGAUUGUUCUUUCCAUCUUCCGUCAUGGAUAACUGAAACUUGAUUUAUUGCUUUGUCACUUUAACUACAUCUCUCAACUAUCUGAAUCGUUUCAGGGCUUUUAUCCCUGAAAAUCAUUUAGGAAUUACCAAAAUUUCAUAUGAUAUGUGUAUAAAGACGUAGGUUGUGACAUUAUCCACUUUAAAAAUUUCUGGUUGAUAUUAUUAAAUCCGAUCUUGUUAAGUAUUUCUUGGUCUACACUAAGGUGUAUUUGAGAAAAUACAUUUGAUAGAUUUAGUGGUCCAUUUCUAAAGAUCAUUAGAUCCAUUUUUAAAAACAAACUCUGAAAGGUACUUACUAUGUUUUAAAACAAAAAAGUCUAAAAAUGAAGAAGUUAGAUUCAGUUCGCUUAUUAUUCAGAACAACAAAGUUUAAGGUAUUUCUAAUAAAAGUACAGAUAAUGAGACAGUUGAGAGAUAUGGCUUUUAAUAUAUUCUUCUAUCAUCCUCCUGCUUACUGACCAUUAUAUUUAAAAAUACGUCAAUUUAUUUAUGGAACUCCUCGUUGGACGUAAUAUUUUAAAGGUAUCUGUUGCAUGCUUGGAUUUUCAAAACUCAGUAUAAAUUCCAGGAUUUCAUGAUAAGUUGAAAAUAAGACUAUUGAAACUGGUACAUUGGCUCAUUCCACUACUAAGUACAUUACUAAUGAGAAUUUACUGAAGUGUAUUAUUAUCCUUAAAUAAUAAAGAUUGAGUAGGAAUCAGAGAAACUGGAAAUACACUUUGUAGAUGUAUUUCAUUAGUAGUAUAAUUAAGGGAAAAUGUUGGUUAUGAUUUUGACAGUGGCUCAUUUAAGUAGCAUUUGCAGCACAAUUUGUAUCAGCAAAGCUCAAAAUUUCUUGGGGGUUUUCUUUACUAAGCAAAUACUGUGUUUUCCCUGAUAAUUAGAAGAGUUAACAAGCAUAUCCAAAUAUAUUACAUUUUUACCUAGGACUUCCAUGUGAUUGAUGUAUCAAUUGAAAAGAUAUGCAUAACUUAAACUAGUCAUUUAGAUAUAGUAAUUUUUAAAAAUAUGCAUUUCUGUUUCAUGUUCUGUAUAACUUUUAGGGUUACAAUUAAUAUACUAUACGUAGCUAAAUGUUACAUGCUUUACUAUUCAAGAUUUUAAAGCAAAAGGCUGAUAGGUUUGUUUUGGAAUUCAAAGAGAUUGUUAAACCUAGUGCUUUUAUAAGGUCGUCUUUUGAGUUAGGUCAGAGAGCUUUUACAACCGAGAGUGUCCUUAACCUGAGAUUCCAUGGGGUUUGGGGGAUUUCCGAAUCUCCUGAGGUUGUGUUGAAGUUCUGUGUGUUACCUGCACAUUUUUCAGGAGUGAAUGGUUGUGGGUCUUUAAGAGGGUCAAUGAUCAGGGGGGAAAAACACAGCUUUUUACAAUAAUAGUGUUUUUAAAAUAAUAAUAAUAUUUUUUUAUUACACAAAUCAUAGAUUUCCUUACGUCCCAUUGUCUUCUCAAUUGAAUCUUCGAGAAAUUUUCCUUCUGCAGUUCUUCUCUCCUGUUGCCCACAGUAUCUCAUACCCUUUACUUUAUAGCCUUAUGAGUGAGUAAAAAGUUUAUAAGAAGUAAAGAGUUCUGUUUAGGGAAGCUGUUUGAAUAGACUUCAUAUGUUUGAGUCAAGACUAAUAAAAAAUUAUAGAGGAAUUUUCUUCCCAGUCAUUUAAAAUCCUCUGUUUUAUUCAGUGAAAAACAGUUAUGUUUUGAGUAAAUAACACUGAAAUAAACUGGUGCAGCAAGUGCAAAUAGAAUGUAUGUAAAUGUGAAGGUUUCCUUUUGAGGACUUCAUGAGUUUGUGGUGAAGAUGUCUCAGAACAAGUCAAUAGAGAUAAUUAUGAUUUACUGAGAUUAUUGCUUCUGUUACCUUAUUUCAUUCUAUUUUCACUUAUCUUAUGUUUUUUAGGAGGUUUCAAGUCAACAGAACCAACGUGAUUGAUUUUUUUAAAACUGUUUGUAAAUCAAAACUUUGGAAAUGUUUUCUUUUGCUUAUUUAUUAAGAGAUUUUGGUAUAAGGAUGCCUUCUUUAUUUUUAAGGCCACUUAAUAUUGGUUUUGGAGAUUAUUUUGGAUGCUUAUAAGUUACGAAAAAGUUUAACUUAGAUUAUCAGGGGAAAAUUCCUAAAUUUAUGGUGUUUGACUUUCCUGCUUUUUAAGAUGGAAGAACUGAAGAGGCAGGAUUCAUUUUAUCACAGAAAUAGGAAGAAGCUUUGUUCACAGUAAAAUAGAAAUCCUACCUAGACUGAUAAUAGAUGUUCAGAGCAGGCAGUUAUUUCUUAUAUUACUUUUUCCAAAAAGUAAAAACCAAAAAUGUAAAAUUUUCAGGAAAAUCUUUGAGAAUGGAACUUAAAGUUUAUCUAUUAAAUAAGCAAACACAGUAGAACCAUUAGCUGAAUAAUCCUCUUUUAACCAAUUUUGCCCACUGAAUUAAAAAUCACUAGAUAAAAUCACUGGAAAGAUAUACUUUGGGCAAUUCUGGUGUAUUUAGACGUUAUCCAUAGAAAUUAUUUCUAUUUUGUAUAAUAGGAGAAAUUAACAGUAUCAUUAGAAUGGAAUAACAGGUGGACAUUUCAAUCGAAUAUAUCUUAACUUGGCUAUUAUAAAGUCUGUUGUCUUUGCAGCCAGAACUUUUUGUCUGCUUUUGUUUCUUGGCACUGGUGAUGAUGGAAAUAAAAACCUCAGCAUCCUGGUGACGGGGAGAGAUGUUGCCUGAGAUAAUGGUUUCACUUUCAGAAAGUGAGGUCAAAGUAUUAAAACAAUAAUAGCUGUGCUCACUUAGAGAACAAACAAGCUUUGUAAGACUUUUUCAACUCUUCCCAAUCAAUAUUCUGUCAUUACUUAGAUAAAAUUGGAGGAGAGAAGAAAAAGUAGAUAAGGGCAUGACAAUUAGGAAAAUGUAUGAAAAUGAAGCCUGGGCACUUGGUUUAAGGUCUUUUAGGCCCGUGAAGCUUAUGUGAGCUGUGAGUCAGCUUCUGUUUAUUAAUCUCCCUCAGGCCACAGCGCUUUUCUUGGGUCACAUCGUUCUGUAGGAGAGAAAAUGCCAAGUAUUCGUUUAUCGUUGUCGAGGAGCAUCAGUGAGCCUUCCUUUUUCUCUAUUAAGGCAUGUAAAAAUUAUCCUUGAAGAGCUGGUACUGAAGAUCAACUUGAUGCUUCUAAAGGAAUGUGUGACCCUAUAAUUAAUUAGAGUUUAGAUUUGAAAGUUGAAUCUUAACCUAAGAGUUUUUAUGUUUGCUUGAAUAGGAGUAGGCGGAGAAAGCUGUUAACUUGAAUACUAGAUUUUUAUUUAAUGAUGAUAGACUCAUGGCCCUUGCCUUACAUAUAUUUUAUAUUAUUAUUAUUCAAGAAGUCACUAAUGGAAAUCUUUGAAUUUAAAGAGGUUAGCUCCUUUUUUACAUAUUUAUAUUUAUAAAAUAUUAUUAAAUGAGUAGCAUUGUCUUUAUCACCUUUCCAAUGAAAAGAUGCAAGUGCAUGGAUUAUAUUAAAUAUAAAUAUUGUAUAUAAUAUAUAAUAUAAAAUAAUAUCAUAUAUGUAGUAUCAUAGGGUGUGUGUGUGCGGGCAUGCAUGCCUGAAGGUGAUUUCUUCAAAUACAUCAUUAAACUUGUCUUCCCUAAAUAAGUUCUUACUUGUCUUUAGGAUACAGUUUUUGACUGAUAUAGGAAGUGAAGUAUAUUCCUUUUCUUUUCUAAAUCUAAUCUGUCGUUUUCUUUUAUCAGCCAGACUCGUGUCUCGUCCUCAUUACUGUUCCCCUCAUCAGCUGAAGCUGUUCUUUCCCGGUAAUGACCAGUCUUAAACAUUUGCAUCACUCAACAAAUAGCCAUUCUCACUAUUUGUCUUGCCUGAUUCACUUCUCAUAUAUACUCAGCGUUUGAUUUGUUUUAAAUGUGACCCCACUGAGAACAUUGUUCUGGAGAGCUUUUUCUGAUGCCAUUAGGCAACAACAGUGUAGCGUUAUCAGUCAUCACUUCAAUAUUAUUAAAAUGUUGGCUGCAACUUGACUUCUUUAAUUGAAUCUAGCAUUUUCUAGGCUGGCGUUUCUUAAUGGAGGUUGCAGGUCAGACUUGUCCACGAACUUCUAUUAAUACACAGGAGUCCAGGUACUGCUCUGGACUUUCUGAAUCUCUUUACUUGAUAUUCUUGAUAUUAAAAAAAGUAUGACUCAGGAUUAUUACAUUAAAUCUUAAAGUAUUUUCCUCUAUAGAGAUUAUCUCCAUUCAUUUGUAUAAAUCAGAUCUAAUAUUUACAGGCUAAUUUGAAAAUAGGUUUAAUCAUUAUCCUUGGAGACAUUUUGUCUAAAGUUUGCUUGGAAUGGCUUUCUUCUCUUUGUUUUGUGUGCCAUAGAAACAGUCAGACUUCCUCUUCAGUUGCAGUAUUCUCAUCACAAGCCCUCUUCAGACCUUACACAUUUGAAAAUUAUAACUAAUAUUUGCCUCCAACAAAGUGUCCGUUUGCUUUUAUUAGUUCCUAGUGACUAUCAGUGAAUAUUUUGCAUAUUUGAAUUAGGUAACAUUUCAAAGUAUUAAUAAAAAGCAUAAGUAACAAAAUGCCAGAUUUAAAACAUAGAAUUAGAUCUCUUGUAGCCUUGAUGCCAGUAAUCAAUAGAUUUUCCUAAUUAAAAAGGAUUGGGCAAAUUCCCUAAGGACUUCUGAUGACUUCUGUAGGUACAGCCUCUGUAUGGUAAAUAAUUGAGAUCAAAGAUGAAAUGAUCUUUAAGUUAAAUAAUUAAGAUUAAGUUUAAAUAAUCUUUAAGUUUUCAAAUGAAAAGUCCUAGUAGUACAGAAAAUAAAGCAUUAACGUUUAAGAUACUUAGGCCUAUAUUGGAAAUGGUUCCAUUUUCUACAUUGAAAAUAUCCUCGAGUAUAGGAGUUAAUGUGAUUUUCUUCAGUAUAAGAAUCUUGAGUAAAAGUGGCUAUAUUGUCAAAUACUUUCCUGGGAGAUUGUAGUAAUCCGUCAGACACGUCUUCUUACAUUUCCUCAUUGACAUCUGUCACAUGUGGGUAAUUUCUAAACACCUUGCAGGAUUUGAAGCUAACGGUUUUAGUGAAAAAUAAAAGGACAGAGAUACAACUGUAUUUACUUUUGUCUAAAUGCCUAUAAUCUUAAGAACUGAAAAUUCAGAGGAAAAGAACAAGUAGAAGUUUACUAAUUCAACAUUUUUUUUCCAUGAUAUACUUUGAAUGUUUCCUUAGAAACUUAUUUUACAAAUAUUACCAUAAUAAUAAUAACAAUAACAACAACACAAUGUUGUUAUUGAAAGAAUUACCCAUUCAUUUUUCAAAGUUGACUGUGAGUGGAGUUUUGGGGGGGGGGGGGGGUUUUCACUUAUGAUGGCUGUCUCAUUAUUUAAAAUUUAUAACUAUUUUUGAAUGUGCAGAGUGAUUAGCUAUUUGUAACACUAUUCCGAUGUAGCGUUGUAAUUUGAAAAUAAAAAAACAAGUUAGGAUUUAGGUGGGAUGGAAAAAUUAUAUUUUAUUGAUCAAAAUAUAUACUUUUAAACAAGAAGUCUUAGUACAAUUGGGCCUUUUAAAAUUUUAUUUUGGAAAUAAUAUAUUUCAACAAUAUAUAUUAAAACUAGAGGUUCUCUGGUAGCCAGCGUACUAACUAGUUAAUGUUAAAAUGCUAUUUUUGCUAUUCCUUCUCUUGGAAACAUUUUCCCACACUAUGUGAGCAAUGUGUUUUAAGAUUUAGUGGGCUCAACCCUCAAAUUCAGCAAAUACUCCUCUUGCUUUUUGAAAGGAAAAACUUACCUGUGAUAGACAUAUUAUUUUGCUCUUCAGAAUACUAAAAUUAUAUUAAUCAAUAAACACUUUAGAAAGUGGUUCUGGUAAGGAGUUAUCAGUUAUCGGACUUAACUGAAAAAAAAAAUUCAACCUCUUAGUUUCUUAUAUAGGGAUUAAAGAAAAUAACUUUAUUUCUUCCUUUGGGAUUUUGAUUAUUUUUCUUGGGUAACUUUUAAAGUAAUUAUAGUAGUUUCCACACUUUUUCCAAAAUUAUGGCAUGUUACAGUAAAUCUUACUGUUAAAGGUCUUUCACAUUUUAGACUGGUUUUUUCCUAUUCUGCUUUGUACUGCUUUCUGUGAUUCGUAAAUACCGUCACCAAAAAGGUUUUGUGGCUGCUUACUGUUUAUUUUGUAGUUAGCUCUACAUAAGGAAAACUGUUAGAGACCGAUAUGGCUGGUCUGUUCUCUUCAGAAACUCCUAACAGGUCUGGCUUUCCUUGCCUUGGCUGUUUGCUUUUGUAGACUAGAAUGACAAAUUCAGAAAAAAGUAAUCAGAGACCUAGCCAGACAGUCAUUUUCUGUCAGAUGCCUUGCUGUACGUAGAAGUGAAUCCAUUAAGACAGGAAAAUAUCAAACGCAUAUGAUUUGUCUCUUAUGUCACUUUUUCUGGGACUCAGAUUAAAUCGGAGUAUUUCGGUGUUACCAUAGAGGGUGACAGUGACUUGAAUGCUUAUAUAUGCGCGUCGUCAAUUCAGAGGAGGAUUCUGAAAAUUCGGAAUUGUUAAAAAACUUGCAAAUCGUGCUGCUACUUAAACAUCUAAGGAAUUCACAAAAGUUGUGUCGUUAUCAUAAAUGUUCCUUCUCAUUUAUUCUACUGGAAUUGACAAUGAAAAAAGAUUAUUAAGCCUUAUUUAUAUCUAAUUAUUGACUGCAAACUGUGACUGAAUAUUUGUAUGCCAAAAAAAGGUUUUAAAGUUGAGAGUUUUAGACGUAAUAAAGAUGUGUAAAUACUUUUGAUUAGUAUUUUCAUUAUAAUGAAGUUACUGUUAAUUUGGUGCAAUAUAUUCUUCCCUUCCUCGUCCUUUUAAAAUUAAAUAUAUAAUAUGUAUGUUUUGUUUUGUUACAUUGAAAGCUGUUUGGAAAUUUUUCAGUGUGUGUAUAUGAGUUACUGUUUGCUUUGUUUCUGUAUAGCGUGAUUGAAGAUGAUAACUGAAAAUUUUGCACCCUUUUUAGUCCUUUGGAAAUUUGUAUUCUAACAGUUUUUAAGAAUGUGCAUUUAUUUUGUACAUAAUAAAUAGCUUUGUAUAUGAAAAUGGGCUGGAAUCAAAUUAAAAGAAUGCUGUUCCUUUCCUCGGUUGGUUUGUGAGUCUCAGCUCAUGGCGUCUGGUGAGAACUCGGCCUUCACCGAGUGAGCGGGCAGAGGCCUGAAUGCAGUGCUUGCUAAUGCAUUACUGCUGCUUCUCAAGUGAGCAGAGCCGCUUCUGUAGCCUUCUGUGCACAAGAUAAACGUCAUGCUAAUUGACCAAUUUUUGUCAUAUGUAACAACAGAUAUUAAGCCUUUCGUUUUAAAGCCACCUCAGAAAUAUGGCUACAUUUUUUUCCCCAGGAAAUGAUCAUACGCCAGAAAUCUUCAUUUGUAGUUUAUCAAAUAAUACAUUAGGUUGAGGUUUUUAAAAAACUUUUAUUUCCUUUCAUAAUUAAAAUCUUUUAUUCAUCAAUUUUUGAUUAAUGUCUAAAUGUUGACCUAAUCCUUCUGUUUCUGUUAAAGUUAAUAGAACCUAAUCCAUGAUAAGACAGAAUCCAAGCUCUGUUGGAUUCUUGCUAUGUAGUACUUUUGUCUCCAGAUCCAGUAAAGCAAGACAACAGAAAUGAACAUUAACCUUUUUCUAGUCUGGUACCAUUUGUGCGCUAUUCUACCUCUACUGAAGACACUUGGCUAGAAUUGGAAACCUCUGCAUUCAUUCAUCUGGUGAGAUUUGUCAGUCACAGGACAAUGAAAGCCAGGGCCCUUACAGGCUUAAUUAAGUCUGCCUUGGAGAAAGCCAAAUACCAUCUGACUUCACUCAUGUGGAAGAUAAAAGAGCAAAAUCAGCAAACACAUAGAUACAGAGAAUAUAUUGUUAGAUUGGGGGAGGGUGAAAGGGGUAAAUGGGUCAUUUAUACAAUGAUGGAUGGAAACCAGACUUUUGAUGGUGAGCGCCAGUCUAUACAGAAAUCGAAAUAGAAUGAUGUACACCUGGAAUUCAUACAAUGUUAUAAACCAGUAUUGCCUCAGUUGAAAAAAAGACCACUUUGCUUUUGUGAAAUAAGUCCAUAACACCAUAUCAAGCAUCAAAUAAAUGUAUUUGUUUUACACAAUAUGCUGAAGCUUAUAAUUUCUCACCAUAUAAUGUUUAUUUGGUGAGAAUCUGAGAUUAAACAAUUUUUUGAAGCUUUA